AUGGACUCUUUUACAACAGAAGAAGGCUCUCAUAGCCUGUCAGACAAGCAUAAGCUCUACACCAAAACAUGGAAGCCAAAGUCACCACCGAAAGCCCUCGCUCUCUUUGUCCAUGGCUUCUCCGACCACAUCAACCGCUUCUCCGAUUUCAUGAACACUCUCGCUUCCCGGGGCAUUGAAGUCCACGGGUUCGACCAAAGGGGUUGGGGCCGCUCAGUUACCACUAAGUCAGAACGAGGACUCACCGGUUCUACUGCAACGGUCAUGAGUGACAUCACCUCAAUGUUGCAGCCUUUGAUUCUAUUAGCCCAAGGAUCAGGCGUCCCGCUCUUUCUUCUUGGCCAUUCUAUGGGUGGAGGUGAGGUACUUUACUAUGCAGCGACUGGUCCAGAAGAGGUCCGAAAACAGAUUAGAGGCUAUCUUGCGCUGGCACCAUACCUGACGCUGCAUCCAGCUUCACAGCCAAGUCGGGCGCUUGUCGUGGCGGGGAGGGUAGCUUUGAAGGUCCUGCCACGGUAUCAAAUGCUGCAGAAGCUGAAGCCUGAUAAUUUGUCCCGAGACCCCGAGGUUGCGAAGAGCUGGGAAGCAGAUGAGUUGUGCCACAACAUUGGGACUCUGGAGGGGCUCGGCGGAAUGAUUGACAGAGGAGAAGAGUUGGAUAAUGGCAAGGCUGUGGUGAAAGAAGGCAACAUCUAUAUUGCUCAUGGGUCGAAUGAUUUGAUCACAAAUCAUGGCGCUAGCAAGAGGUUCUUUGAGAGAUUAAAGGUUCGAGAUAAAACGUUCAAGAGCUACGAUGGGUGGUAUCAUGUCUGUGAGUACAAUGCAGCUAAUUAUGCUGGCGAGAUAGUGCUAAUCAAGAGGUAG